AUCAGGUUAUUGUUGUGGGGAAGGUGUAUGAAGGACGAUGAACUGAGAGCGUACUGAGUGAGGGAGCGGUACCCAAUCACCUGGGAACUCGGGGAUCGAACUCCGACUCUGCAUCACGCAAGAUCACUGCUGUACCCAACUGCCGGGAUACAUAUAAGUCCUCAUCACUUGAUUAUCUGAUUCUUAUUAUGAUGUCAAAAGAUUUAAAAGUCACAUGGGUGAUGUAUACAUAAUUUAUAUAACAUUUAUUUGUACCUUUAACCCGAUUCUUAACGGUUUGUCCCUGUUCACCCAGCAGUAAUUGGAUACCCAGUUGUACACAGAUUGGUGGGUCGUGUUCCAGGGAAAACUAGAAGUAAGAGAUCAUGGCAAUGUUAAGCAGGAGAUGGCAAUGGUAAGCAGGUUGGCGAAGGCCCGUGUACCAAGAGCCGAUCUGGAAGGCGAAGGCCCGUGUACCAAGAGCCGAUCUGGAAGGCGAAGGCCCGUGUACCAAGAGCCGAUCUGGAAGGCGAAGGACCGUGUACCAAGAGUCGAUCUGGAAGGCGAAGGCCCGUGUAGCAACAGUCUAUCUGGAAGGUGGUCGAGUAACUAUAUAGACUGUACACGAUGGAGGACUCGGCCAACAACCUGUGUAGUCCUGAGGCCCUGAGGGUCACCGCCAUCGUCUUCGGCUCCGUCUCGCUGCCCAUUUGGAUGGCGACCUCUGGCGUGUUGGGAGGGAUCUGCCUUGACUAUGGCGACACGCUGGCCGUAGCUGCUGGCCAGAUUGCUGUCAACGUGGGCUACAUCUUCGUCACCAUCCUCGUCAUCACUAUCCUCACAGCGCCGACCUUCCCUUCAGCGGCCACCUUGAUGGAGGUGCGGCGUCUCCUGGCGUGCCUGUCCACGUUGGUGCUGGCGGGUGUGGUGCUGUGCAUAGGCAGCGGCGUCACUUACGAGGACAUCUCCCCCUGGAGGAUUGACGAGUACAGCGCCCUCCUCGGCUGUAGCUUCACCUUCGUCCCUGCCGUCGUAUUCGGGGCCAUCGCCUGGCACCUGCAGAAGAUAUUAUGGCGGUAUGUGUUGAGGGGCUCCACUUUCACCGUGCCUCUUUACCCAUCGCAGAGGCACAUCAGUCCAUCGUCGAUGAGCGCUCAGUCCUCGCAAAUGAACGCCUACCCAUCACAGAUAAAUGCCCGUUCAUUGCUGAUGAACGCCCACCCAUCGCCGAUGAACGCCUACCCAUCGCAAAUGAAUGCCCAUCCAUCACAGAUGAACGCCUACCCAUCGCAGAUGAACGCCCGUCCAUCGCCGAUGAACGCCCACCCAUCGCAAAUGAACGUCUAUCCAUCGCAGAUGAACGCCCAUCCAUCGCAAAUGAACGUCCAUCCAUCGCAGAUGAACGCCUACCCAUCGCAGAUGAACGCCCAUCCAUCACAAAUGAACUCCUAUCCAUCGCAGAUGAACGCGCAUCCAUCGCAAAUGAACUCCCAUCCAUCGCAAAUGAACUCCUAUCCAUCGCAGAUGAACGCCUAUCCAUCGCAGAUGAACGCCCAUCCCUCACAGAUGAACGCCCAUCCCUCGCAGAUGAACGCCCAUCCAUCGCAAAUGAACUCCCAUCCAUCGCAGAUGAACGCCCAUCCAUCGCAGAUGAACGCCAUGGGUAGGACGCCACAUCUUCCCCCCACAGAUGUGGCGUCCGAGGAACCAAUCCAGGUUCCUGGUAAUGGUCACUACCUCAACGCGACUCGUCACCACACUCAACCCUCCCCCUGGAGCGCGUCAGCUCCCUCCGUCAGUCAGCCCUCCCCUAGUCAGAGGCUUGGAUAUAGCACCCAAUCAGGCUCCACAGCCCCAUCCCUCUCACCAGUUCAGCCCGGCCCGCAGGGUUACGUUUCGUCAACUGCUCAGCUUAACCUUGUGACUGUGCCACAAUCGUCCAAUCAGCCUGUACCGCAAAUCCCAAGUCAACCUAUACCCUCACUUUCUAGUCAACCUGUUAUCCAUCUCUCCGGUCAGGCUGCCAGCCAGCCCCUGUGUGUAUCUCAGAUCGGUGAGGAGCAGACGAACACGGACACAAAUACUGAAACAUCCAGCCCUUUGUCACGUCCAAACACCGACGGCUUCAUAGACCCUGGGACUCGUGAACGCACUGAGAGUCCAAGCCGGACGCCUCGCUUGGAACAACAGUGGGGCACGAAGCUCUGAGACUCAUCCUCUGAUGUUCCUCUACCACCAGGACAGUAGCAAAACAAUAACUCAAAACAAAGUGAUACUGACAUCAAAUUGUUCAAACAAAUCUAACCUACAUCUUUGAAAGUGUAAUUAUAAGAGUUGGCUGGCUCCUUUCUACCUGGAGUACAGCCCGUGUAAACAAUAGGCUUCCACCCUCCAAGUAGAAUUAAUCUCCAUAUUCCUUGCACUUGAACUUGGCAUUUUAAUUUUAUGAGAUUAUUAUAACCAAUUGCUCUUAACUCCCCAAAACCAUGAGUUCUAACAUGUUUGUAUCAGAGGCCAGUAGCAUCUUGAAGCCAAUGAUACUUAUAUAGCCUCAAUAUGAAUGUAUAGAUCUAAGGCGGAGGAAUACUAGCCAUAUCUUAAGCCGUCACACUGCUCUUCAAUACAGCCCCAGAACUGUGGUUCAAAUAAUAAGAUUAAUCAACUUAGGUGUUGCUGGUGUUAGGUUUGAUAUAGGCUAGACUAGAAAUAUCUCUGAGAGUUUACACCACUGCUGAUGUAGACGUGGGGUGGCUACAAAUAUAUCUGGGCGUCUACAUUUGACAGUAACAAUAAGAGAAUAUGGAACAAAACUAACAUAAAUAUAUAAAUAGUUUUAUCAUUCAUUAAACAUUCUGUGAUAUCUGUACAAUAGUUACCCAUCAAAAAUAACAAUUCUCUAAUUUUCAUGAAUUUGACGUCUACUAGAUGGCAAAACAAUGCUUCUAGCUGCCACUUGCAAUAAAAGUGAAAGACCU